AUGGCCCUUCAACUGCCCCAGAGAGUAAAACUGCAAGCAGACCCAACUGACUCCCUCACUUCAGCUUUGGAGACGUUUCAAAAUAUUUUGACAGUCGAGCAAAAGCGAGAGUUCCAAGGAUACACCGCAACCCCAGAUAUUGCGAGCGUCAUCGAGUUUGUCGCACAAGUCGACGCUAAAAACAGUAGCACGACCAGGAGAUGUGUGGCUCCUCGGCUGUGUACUUUUUUGGAGGCAACACAGCAGUUCGCCGGUGUCGUGGACACAUUCGUCAGCUGUAACCCGACAAUCGCUGCCCUUGUCUGGGGUAGUGUAAAGACUGCCAUAUUGACGGCUAGCAAUGUUGCAUCUUACUUCGACAAAGUCACUGGCAUGAUCAUGGGCAUCGGAAAAUCCUGUCCGACAUAUCAACAAUUCGGCCUUCUCUAUCCCGGCUGCCCUGGUCUCCAACGUGCGCUCUGUGAUUACUAUGCCGUCAUCAUCGAUAUAUGCGUCAAGAUUAUUGAAGUCUCCCGUCGGACGGCUCUCGAGCAAACUCUUUCCUCGAUCCUGAUCCCUUUUGAGUCUGAUUUUAAGCUGCUGCUGGAUCGGCUUGAGAAAGGUAGAAAUGAAAUACAAUUGCAGGCAUCACUCGCAUCGAAACAGGCAGACCAGGAAGCAAAAAGGAUGCUCGAGUAUGAAAGCCAAGAGAAUUCGAAAUUGAGACCUUUGGCCAUGGACUUUUUCCAGAAAUACAUAAAACGAGAAGCCGAGGCAAACCAAUGGCGAAUGAAUAGGAGACAAAGGGAAACAGCGACAUUGAAGAUGAGCAUUCGAAACAAUCUUUCUCGUGUCAACCAUGUCGCUCCUUGGAGACAGACCUUGAAGCGUCGGGUUUCAACCACCGCCGAAUGGCUUCAGAACGAAAAAGUUUUUUUUAAGUGGAAGGAAAACCCGCAAACCGCGAUACUCUGGUGCUCAGGAACCAUUGGCAUGGGCAAGUCAGUGCUCAUGUCUAAUGUAGUGGCUCAGCUGCAUGCGAUGCGCAAGAGCAACGAAAUUUUAUCGUACUACUUCUGUCGAACCGGCGAUGAAGCAUCAUUGUCUGCGCGGAACAUUCUUGGCAGCCUUGCUCGUCAAAUAAUUGACACUCAGAUUGAUCAAAGCAGAUAUGAAACGUUACUCGCCUUAGAGGAAAGCAGCCGGGACCUCGGUACUGAUGAGGUCAUUCCGUUUCUAUUAUCUCGUCUAGAGGCCGAUAAGGAGCACUAUGUCAUCCUGGACGGUUUAGAUGAAUGUGACGACCGUCAGGUUCAAGCGGUGGCACAGGCUUUUGCUGAACUCUGCCGCAGCUGUCGUGAAGGGUUCAAAAUCCUCUACGCGGGCCGGCCUGGCCUUGGAAAUCAACUUUUUAGGUCGAGCAGACCGCAAUAUACGGUCAUUUUGAACAAAGAAAGGGUUCAAAUGGACAUGGAUCGCUAUAUCACCAUAACCUUGGACAAGUGUCUGGAAGAGAAGUGUUUGACUCUCCAGGAUCCAGCGCAUAUCACAAAGAUAUAUAAUGCCCUGCGGAAUGAAAGCAACGGAAUGUUCCUUUGGGCGGCUCUCUGUAUCGAAGAGCUUUGCGCACAGAGUUGUGAUGACGACAUCUUGGAAGCACUGAAAUGUCUUCCACGCGGCUUAUCUGAGCUCUAUGAUCUAAAGCUUCAUCGUGUCGGAGAAGGAAGGGCGGCCAAGCAGGCAAUGAAAAUUAUGCAAUAUUGUGGGGUAGUGAAGCGACCAAUGACAGCUAUGGAAUAUCGAGAAGCUCUCAGCCUUUCGCUGGAGCAAAAGGCUUUUGAAUACGGAAAAAUGCCUAACGAUAUGGAUAAGAUUAUCGACGGUUGCUAUGGAUUAACGUUCGUUGACGAAGAGGAACACACUGUACACUAUGUUCAUCAUAGUGUGAAGCAGCACCUUUUCGUCACCAACGGUCGACACGAAGCGCAAUUUGAUAUGGCGAGCCUUGACCAACAUUUUGGGUUACUUUGCAUGACUUAUCUGGAUUUCAGUAACUUCAAGCGGCACCUAACUAAAUAUAAGAAGGGUUUCGGCACAUCCAUCGGGCCGGUUCAGCUUGCUACUCUCCCAAUCUCCUCAUCCAGAGGAGUGGGCGUUAAGCUUGCCCGAAGAAUUCUUUCUCAACAAAGCAAGCUGCGCAAUUUCAGCAUUCGAGACAUAGAGAGGACGGCGCUAGGAACAGUUAGAGACAGGGAGUGCUCACCGCUGGAGUUGGGUCUCCAGGAGCAAGGAUAUCAGUUUCUGAAAUAUGCCAGGGAUCACUGGCUCUAUCAUCUACGUGACUUCACGGAAGAUGCGAACAGCAACAAGUGGCAACUGUUUUGCCGAUGUGUGGAAGGUAAUGACGUCGCUGCAGACAGACCGUGGAAGCCGGAUCAGCAAAUCCUCGGCAAAGGUAAUGAUAUACCAAACGCGAUGCAAUGGCUAUUGGCCCAGGAACAUUACGCAUUACUUUUGUACUUCGCAAAACAUCAAUCUCACAUUUUUUCCAAGAAUGUGAAGCAUGAAAUCCUUCGCCGUGCCGACAUUCAAAAUCGUUAUCGCUACACUGCGGUACUCGUGCAGCUUAAGAAUACGGGCAACAUCUUGAAUUGUGGGUUGUUGUAUGCCGCGGCAGAUGGAUGCCAUCAUUCUUUGUCAAUGUUGCUCCAAGCGGGCGCAGAUGUUAAUGGUACAUUUAAUGGCAGAACAGCCCUCCAAGCAGCAGCAGAACGCGGUCACUUCGAGGUCGUGCAAGUUCUGUUGGCAGCUAAAGCACAUGUCAACGCAUCUCCUGCGAGGAGACACGGCAGAACAGCCCUCCAAGCAGCAGCAGGAGGCGGUCACCUCGACGUCGUGCAGGCUCUGCUGGCAGCCAAAGCAGAUGUCAACGCAUUCCCUGAUGAAUUUUAUGGUAGAACAGCUCUCCAAGCGGCAGCGGGCGGCGGUCACCUCGAGAUCGUACAUACUCUGCUAGCGGCCAAAGCAGAUUUGAACGCAUCACCUGCGAGGAGACACGGCAGAACAGCCCUCCAAGCAGCAGCAGAAGGCGGUCACCUCGACGUCGUGCAGGCUCUGCUGGCAGCCAAAGCAGAUGUCAACGCAUUCCCUGAUGAAUUUUAUGGUAGAACAGCUCUCCAAGCGGCAGCGGGCGGCGGUCACCUCGAGAUCGUACAUACUCUGCUAGCGGCUGAAGCAAAUGCCAACGCAUCCCCUGCUGAAUACUAUGGCAGAACAGCUCUCCAAGCAGCAGCAGAAGGCGGUCACCUCGAGGUGGUGCAGGCUCUGCUAGCAGCCAAAGCAGAUGCCAAUGCAUCCCCUGCUGGAGAAGAUGGCAGAACCGCUCUCCAAGCAGCAGCAGAAGGCGGUCACCUCGAGGUGGUGCAGGCUCUGCUAGCAGCCAAAGCAGAUGCCAAUGCAUCCCCUGCUGGAGAAGAUGGCAGAACCGCUCUCCAAGCAGCAGCAGAAGGCGGUCACCUCGAGGUGGUGCAGGCUCUGCUAGCAGCCAAAGCAGAUGCCAAUGCAUCCCCUGCUGGAGAAGAUGGCAGAACCGCUCUCCAAGCAGCAGCAGAAGGCGAACGCGGUCACUUCGAGGUCGUGCAAGUUCUGUUGGCAGCUAAAGCACAUGUCAACGCAUCUCCUGCGAGGAGACACGGCAGAAAAGCCCUCCAAGCAGCAGCAGGAGGCGGUCACCUCGACGUCGUGCAGGCUCUGCUGGCAGCCAAAGCAGAUGUCAACGCAUCCCCUGAUGAAUUCUUUGGCGGAACAGCUCUCCAAGCGGCAGCGGGCGGCGGUCACCUCGAGGUCGUACGCGCUCUGCUAGCAGCUGAAGCAUAUGUCAACGCAUCCCGUGCUGAAUACUAUGGCAGAACAGCUCUCGAAGCGGCAGCAGGAGAAGGCCACCUCAAGGUCGUACAAGCUCUGCUAGCGGCCAAAGCAGAUUUGAACGCAUCACCUGCGAGGAGACACGGCAGAACAGCCCUCCAAGCAGCAGCAGAAGGCGGUCACUUCGAGGUCGUGCAAGCUCUGUUGGCAGCUAAAGCACAUGUCAACGCAUCACCUGCUGAAGAAAGUGGUAGAACAGCUCUCCAAGCAGCAGCAGGAAGCGGUCACGCCGAGGUCGUGCAAGCUCUGUUGGCAGCUAAAGCAAAUGUCAACGCAUCUCCUGCGAGGAGAGACGGCAGAACGGCCCUCCAAGCAGCAGCAGAAGGCGGUCACGCCGAGAUCGUACAAGAUCUGCUGGCAGCCAAAGCAGAUGCCAACGCAUCCCCUGCUGAAGAAGGAGGUAGAAUAGCUCUCCAAGCAGCAGCAGGAGGCGGUCACCUCGACGUCGUGCAGGCUCUGCUAGCGGCUAAAGCAGAUGUCAACGCAAUCACUGGCAGAUCUUAUGCUGGAACAGCUCUCCAAGCUGCAGCAGAAGGCGGUCACCUCGAGGUGGUGCAGGCUCUGCUGGCAGCUAAAGCAGAUGUCAACGCAUCCCCUGCUGAAGAAAGUGGCAUAACAGCUUUCCUAGCGGCAAAGGAACGUGGCCACAUUGAAGUCAUGGAGGUAUUGGCACAAUCUCUGCAACUAUCAUUGCUCCCGCAAUAG